AUGGAGGCUGAUAUGCUGACUCCGAGACGGAGAAGGAGAGUAAGCACCACGCCGCAGAAUAUGCUGAGAGCUCUUUCGAUGGCCUUUGUGAGAGAGCAGGAGAGCCAUGGAGUUGAUGAUAGACACCAGCCACAGGGAGAAGAGGGCGAAGGGGAAGCGGAAGGCCACGGAGAUGGCGGUAUUGAAGAGGCAGGCCAUGAGACAGAUCAAUUCGGUGAAUUACACGCUCCUGCGGAGCUUAUGGACGAAGUGUUUGAUAAGAAUACCACCCCGGCACCAAGGUCUGAUGUGGAUUACGAUUUCGAUGUUCAGCCUGAUAACAUGCCACUUGAGGAGCACGAUAUGGCCUCUGUGGAGCAAUUCACUCCCAAGCCGUUAUCAGGAGGGUUCUCCGAUAUUGCCAUGCCAGAGGGGAUCAUGGACGAUGAAGGCAUGGAAGACGGAGAGGAAUACUCUCUCAUUCAGGAAGGCUUACAAUCAAACCCGUUUUUGGAGAAUGGAAAGGACUCUUCAAGUAGCGCUAUCGUUGCAAAGAAGAAUGCAGUUUCAACGCGGAAGAGUACAUCUAGACAAUCGACACUCAAGAAUGAUCCAUUGGGCUCUAAAAGGGUUUACAAGCACCUUCAAACUCUUUCAAAGAGACCAUUUGCACCCGAUUGCAGCACUGUGAUACGGGAAAUCUCCAACGAGUUCUUCGAUCAGAUAUCCCAGGAUCUUGUGUCAUUCGCAGAUCAUUCAGAUUCCAAAUCAAUCGCUUUGAAGAGCUCCUUCCUCCUCUUGAAAAGACAAAGACUUGUUAGGACACAAGCGGACCUUGUGCAAAUAGUAAAUGAUCGUUUGCCUAUGGAGGACCUACAAGAAUUACGGCUACAUUUGCACAAACUGGACAAAUUGUGA